CCUUCUAACCGGUCGGCUUUUGGAUAUCCUGGGCUGCGGUUUUGACGGCAGCGAAGGAAAAAAAAAAUUUCACAUGUAGACUAGAAUAGAAGUUACGUCUCAGAGAGCUCCUAUCAAACUGCGACAAUCCUGAUAAAUGUAUCUGACUCUCGCGAUUUGCACUAAAACCUACAGAAAUCCGUCAUCCUUCCUCUAGUCUCCACUCUCCCUGACUGAAUAUGGAGUCAAAAUGCAUAUUGGAAAAGUCGUCGGUCGGGGCAGGCGUCGGCGGUGUGGUGGACUUCAAUUACCGCCCGGGCCGCUACAACAGCCGGGUCCCGGUAAUGGAAACAAGCAGCUACAUACCGGGGCCCAUUUUUUACAAAAACUUAACGGACGGAGGCUCGACGGUGGCGGUCAAACACGAGCGAACUUCAUCCGCCGGGAGCGGGCACUCACUCGGUGGCGGAGUAUUACAAGACGUGGAAAAAACAGGCCUCAGAGACCAAAAAGACAUAAUUUCAACCGGGAUCCUGAAGAGGGCCACUCCAACACUCUGUCUUGGCACGGGCCGACAGUUACCAGGCAGCUCCAUAAGUUUGGACAUCAGAAACCCAGGAAAACAGGCAGAGCUGGCCAACAGCUUCAGGCCAGCACAGGGGCAGAAUGUCCCACAGGCAGAGACACAACCCCUCUCCUCCUCCCACAUCCCAGUCCCAAGAAACAGGAAUCCUUCAGGACACGCUGAUAAGGAGGUGAUGGCUGCAGCGGUCUUGACCUCACUGUCUACAUCCCCGUUGGUGCUCUGUCCUUCCUCUGUACCCACAGAACCAGUCAGCAAACCAUGGAAAGAUGUGCUUUCUGCGAGUUACAGCAGCUCAACAAGCGGUAACUGGAGCUGGGAUGCCAGUGACCAUUCGGUGCCCUCCACACCUUCUCCACCUCUCUCCAAAGAUGCCAAUCAGGGUUUUCUGCACUCAGCCCAGGGAGAUGAUGCAAAUGAGGAUGUCUCAGAGAGCACACAUUUUAUGUUUGAGGACCCCAUUCCCCGCAAACGAAAGAACUCCAUGAAGGUGAUGUUUAAGUGCUUGUGGAAGAACUGUGAAAAGGUCCUCAGCACCUCCUCAGGGAUCCAGCGACAUAUCCGCACCGUCCACCUGGGGCGAAACAGUGACUCAGAUUACAGCGAUGGAGAGGAGGACUUUUACUACUCAGAGAUUGAAGUCAACAUGGACAGCCUAACAGAAGGCCUGUCCAGCCUCACGCCUACCUCUCCCACCACGGCCGGUCCACCGCCCAUCUUCCCCCUGCCACUGAGCGACGUGUCCCGUACUGAGUACGUCAGUGUGAACGGUUCCCAGGGCAACCUCUCAUCACUGCUCAGUCAGUCGGCUCCCUCCGCCCUCUGCCACAUCCGUACCGACCACGCCUACCAGGCCACCGCUCCAGUGAGUAUCCCAGUAGGUCCUGAGCUGGCUGGGAUAGGCAGUGGUAAUGGGAUCGGGCCUGGAACUGGGACUGGGAAUGGCAUCAGUGUGUCUUGGCAGCCCCCUCCUGUCAUUUUUAAAGGCGCCCUGGGCCCUGUGACACAUGUUCGCACCGUUAGCAUCGGUGAAAAGCGGCAGCCAGUAACCAGCACGCACACCCCUGUUAACAAGAACCACGCUUUAAUAACGCCGGCAACUAAAUCAGCACCAGGAACCAGGAAACCCCGUGGGGAAGCUAAGAAGUGCCGAAAGGUGUACGGCAUGGAGAAGAGAGACAUGUGGUGCACAGCCUGUCGAUGGAAAAAAGCCUGUCAGAGAUUUACCGACUAAUCCAGUUGCCUUCCACUGGUUCUGGGAGACGAGCUCCUCCUCGCUCGCAGUGAUAGCGAGGUUGACUUCUUUCUUUUCUUUUUCUUUUUUUUUUUUACCACAGAGAAGAGGAGGGCAAAGUUCUCAGUGCUGCUUCCUCUGGACCAGCUGGGAGAAAGAGUUGCCUUAUUUCUUUUCUGUUCCCAAACACAAUGAGAAAAGAAUAACUUUAUCCACUUCUGGAGAUGUUUUCUAAGACAGUCACUCACGGUCAAAUAAGGAAAACAAAUUUAAUGCUGAUCAGAUUCUUGUUUUUUUCCCGCUUUCCUAAACUCAAAACAGAGUUUGAAGAGUACAAAUAAGCUUUUUGUUAUACCCUUGUAAGAGCAUUAUGUAAGCUACUUUUUAUUUGAUGGGCCGUGGCUCUUCUCUGAGGUUAAACGGUUAACAAUGGAUGUGCUCAUUGAAAUCACUGUAGCGGAUCUGUUUCUCAUCGUCACCUUUUAGGGGUCUGCAUCAAAUUGCCAGAUUCUCAAGUUACAGUUAUCAGUUUUAAAAUAAGAUCUAACAACACUGUGCUCUGCCUUUUUACUGGAAAUCUAGACUGCAAAUUGAAUACACAGCUUAGCAACAGACAAUGUAUUCAUUUGGCUGAUUUCUAACAGCCUGCUACACUUUUUUUUAGAUCAGCAUAACUGCACUAAAUCAUUCACAACGCGUGGUACAGAGUUCUCCUUUGACCUCCCAAAAUAUUUUGGAAAGAUGCACGCAGUUUAUUAAGCAAAUAUGCCCCAUCCUUUUAUAAACGCAUUAUCUUUUAAAGUAUAACUGUAACCCCGGUUUGCCCCAGAGAGUAGUAUAUAUAUUACCUGUAUAGUUUAUUUUCAGCAGUAAGCAGCUGAAUCAACUUGCAUUUGCAUGGUGCAAUCAGAGGAAUGACAGCAUUUAGGUUUUUCUUGCUAUGUUGUUUUAGUCAUGU